CAAAAAGCAAAAGGAAAACAUGCUUCAGGUUUUUUUGUGUGCACUUUCCUCUGUACAAAAUGGCAAAACCCUAAUUUAAACCCACUCAAGAUCGAAUGUAGUGUGGUGAUUUUGUUAAUUACUAAGUGGAGUGAAGAAUAUUAGCGUCGGGAACGGAAUGGAGAGUUUGAUUGAGACUGCGGUGGAGUGUCUGGUGCCGUCGUGGUGGGAGGUUAAAGUGACGGUUGCCGCGUCGGUUUUUGUGAUCUUCUGUUAUUGGUUUUCAGCGUAUGGAGGUGGAGAUAGGAAUGCUGGCGGUGAUCGGUCGCAGUUUGGGGAGAAUUCUGGCAGUGGGUUUGUUUUCGAUAAAGACAAGAUGGGGCAAUUCAAAGGAGAUUCAAAAACCAAUUCUGCAUAUAUAAUCAAGGUGGAGCUGCUUGCAGCUAAGAAUCUUAUUGCUGCAAACUUGAAUGGCACAUCUGAUCCUUAUGCUAUCAUUACUUGUCGUUCAGAAAAGACGUUCAGUUCAAUGGUCCCUGGUUCCAGAAAUCCAAUGUGGGGAGAAGAGUUCAAUUUUUCUGUUGAUGAGCUUCCUGCCCAGAUUAAUGUGACAAUAUAUGAUUGGGAUAUAAUUUGGAAGAGUACUGUUCUUGGUUCAGUAACUGUUCCUGUUGAAAGUGAAGGUCAAACUAGUCCAUUAUGGUACACAUUAGAUAGUCCAUCUGGACAGGUUUGUUUACAUAUUCAAACAAUAAAACUUCCAAUUAAUUCUGUCAGGGCUAUAGAAGGAUAUGCUGGUGCUCAUGCUCGAAGAAGAAUUUCAGUAGAUAAACAAGGACCUACAGUGGUUCAUCAAAAGCCAGGGCCAUUGCAGACAAUAUUUGAUCUCCCUGCUGAUGAGGUUGUGGAACAUAGUUAUUCUUGUGCACUUGAGAGGUCAUUCUUGUAUCAUGGCCGUAUGUAUGUCUCUGCAUGGCACAUAUGCUUCCAUUCUAAUGUGUUCUCUAAGCAAAUGAAGGUCGUAAUACCAUUCAGGGAUAUUGAUGAGAUAUGCAGGAGUCAGCAUGCAUUCAUAAAUCCUGCUAUAACAAUCAUUCUCCGGAUGGGUGCUGGUGGCCAUGGUGUACCUCCUUUAGGAAGUUCUGAUGGUAGAGUCAGGUAUAAAUUUGCAUCAUUUUGGAACAGGAACCAUGCAUUAAGAGCAUUACAGCGUGCAGUAAAGAACUACCAUGAUAGAAUAGAAGCAGAGAAAAAGGAAAGAGCGGAGUCAGAAUUGCGUGCACAUAGUAGCUCAACUAAGAGUACUAGGUCUCCUGAGACUCCUGUAGAUAGUUCCUCCAAAAUUGAAAAGCACCAAGCUUUUCUCAAAGAAGAGGUUCUUGUUGGUAUUAGCAACGAUGUAUUUCCAUGCACAGCAGAGCAAUUCUUUAACAUAUUGUUGAGUGAUGGUUCUACUUUCUUAGCUGAGUAUCGUUCAGCACGAAAGGAUACUGAUCUAAAAAUAGGACAGUGGCAUGCUGCAGAUGAAUAUGAUGGUCAAGUAAGAGAGACAACACACAGACAUGUUUGUAACAGUCCCAUGUGCCCACCUGACACAGCCAUGACAGAGUAUCAGCAUUAUGUUUUAUCACCUGAUAAGAAAAAACUUGUUUUUGAAACUGUACAAAAUGCACAUGAUGUUCCUUUUGGGUCUUAUUUUGAGGUUCACUGUCGGUGGUGUUCGGAGACCACUACAGAAAAUUCAUCUACUCUAGAUAUAAAAGUAGGUGUACAUUUCAAGAAAUGGUUUGUGAUGCAAUCCAAACUUAGGGCCGGUGCUAUCAGUGAGUACAAGAAAGAGAUUGUGAUGAUGUUGGAGACCGCUCGCUCAUACAUCCAGUCACAUUCUUCCGGUUGUGAGAUUGAUAAGUACACACCCCCACCCUCAGCUAUUCAAGAUAUUCAAGAUAGCAGUUGAUACCAGUAGCUUCUCUAACAACUGGGUUUCAUUUUAUUGUCCAUUGUCCUUUAAAUUUAUAGCAUUGAUACAUACAGCAAUGAGCAACCUCAUCUGAUGGCUAUAGUGGUUCUAUCUUCUUCUUCCUUGCAACACUCCCCUAAUGGUGUUUAGUAACAAAUUUUCUGUUGAGCCUGCUGGCACUAUCUUUGUGUACCUAUACUUUUUUUUUCAAUAACGUAAAUAAAAGAACAAAGAAAAUACACUUUACCUACUAAUGGUUUUUGAUGGGAUACAUAAAUAUUUGAAAUUUGU